UUCUCUGACGAUGGCGAUAUAAAACCACCGGGCAUGGCAUGGCACCGCACCCUGUCUCCAUUAUUGCGCUUUCCUUGAGUCGACCACACUUGAGAGCUCACGCCGUCUGCUAGAGGCAACCAAUGGCGUCCACGGAGGAGCUGCCGUCGUUCAGGACGCCGGGCUCGGUCCCCUUCAAGUGGGAGCUCCAGCCGGGCAUCCCGAAGCCACUGGCAUGCCACGCAGCCGCCGCUACAGCACCACCGUCGUCGUUGGCGCCGCUGCAGCUCCCUCCGAGGCUCGCGCUGCCCCCCGGCGCCUCUGCACGCGCCGCGUCCAGCGGCGGCGCGCGGUGGACCUGCCCCGCCUCGACGUCGGCGCGGUGGACCUUCGCGGGCGUGUCGUCGGCAGCGCUGCUGUCGCCGCCGUCGACGGAGACUGCGGCUGCGACGGCCCCGCGGCACCGGCGGUCCAUGUCCGCGCGGUUCGCGACGUCGCUGACGCUGCCCUUCACGCGGCCGCGGCGGCGGGGCCGGUCCAGGGAGGACGCCGACGUCGCGUUCGCCGCCCUCUACGGCGACAGCAUCGUGCAGUAGUAGAUGCGUGCCUGUCGUGUCCGCUCUCCCCAGAUUGUGAUUAUAUUCACUAAUAUAUUAGACUGCCUCUGUCAUAGUGCUACCUCCAUCCAGUCUGUGUAGAGUGCCUCCUAGUUACCAGCUGCUAAUCUGCAAAAGAACAGUAGUUUCCAAGUGUCAAAAAUAGACGUAACUGCUUAUUAUAUACAUGUCAGAAUUUUGUUUGAGAGUUCUUGUUGGAUAACUUCAACGUUAUUGUAACC